GUCGCGUCGUAGCCAGAGGGUCGGUAGAGAGUCUUUUGGUGCUCUCUCCGUCGCGUAAUUUCUGUGUCUUUUCCUCGCUGCCAUUUCUUCGUUUCUGUAAGGUCUAGUUUCUAGUUUGAUUUUGGAUUCCAUUUCGCGAUCUUCGAUAACGAUCGAGAUUUUUGUUUGUUUGUUGUGAGAAUUCAUCGGAGAUCAAUUUGUCGAAAGAAGAUUUUAGAGUUUAAUCGAUGGAUGACGAUUCAUGGGAUGCUCCUUUUCAAGUUUCGCGACGCUACCGAUCUCGGUCCGGCGUGUACCAAGGAGAUCAUGAAGAAAUUGAAGAGGAAAAUUCAAAAGCUGAAUUUUUAUGUCCUUUUUGCGCCGAGGAUUUUGAUAUCGUAGGUCUUUAUUGUCACGUCGACGAGGAGCACCCGGUGGAAGUCAAGAACGCGGUAUGUCCACUAUGCACAAAGAAGGUGGGGAUGGAUAUUGUUGGCCACAUCAUCUCACAACAUGGGAGCCUUUUCAAGGUGCAGCGACAUAGGAGAUUGCGAAAAAUUGGAUCCAAUUUGACAUUUUCAAAGCUGAGAAAAGAGCUCAGGGAAGGAAACUUGAGAUCCCUUCUUGGUGGUUCUUUACACUCUGCCCCCACAAGUACUGAGCCUGAUCCAUUGUUGUUUUCAUUUACUUCUAAUCUGCCUACUGUCAGUAAACCUGACAGGGUGCAGUCUCAGUCAUCAGCCGAAGUAAUUUCGUCAAAGGGAAAUCCUAACGUUCUUCCAGAGAGGAGCAAUUCCUCAAGGUUGGCGUCUUCAAAUAAUAAGGAUAUAAAGGAGAAGGCUCAGAAAUGUGAGUUUGUACAAGGGCUGUUGAUGUCUACUAUUCUUGAUGAGUUAUGAUAUGGUUAUAGGGUUCGUCGGAAGAGGAGACCUUGCCAGUUAAAAGUACGGAACCAUGAGCGUAGGUUAUCAGGAUGGAUCGGUCUGAUUUGAAUGUUGCAGCAGGUGGCACGGCAAUAGUUAUUAGGUAAUGUAAACCAUGCAAGGUUCUAUUAUCCAAAAGUAUAUAUGUGCAUAAAUGGAAAGAUGGAAGUUCUUGUUUUUAUCAACAUUUUAGUAUUAUGAUAUGAUAAUGCAACUCUUAAUCAACUCUCCCGAUCCCCUAGAACUUAAAGAGUUUGCUUGGGAAAAUAAUGUUAAUUUCAAGCUAUUUAAAACGUUGACUUUGCUUAAUAAAUGUGUUUGUAGGCUUUGGUGCA